AUGGCCUCGGCUUCGUUUCGAGAUUCGAUGAGCGCCUUGGGAUGGACCCGGCGAGACCCCGAUGUGCCCGUCAACACUUCUUCUUCAUCAACACCUUUUCUCAAUAGGUUGCAGUCGCUGAAUCCAUUUGGGAGUGGUGGUUAUGUGCGGCUCCCGACGCAUGAGAACCCAGGUGCCCCGCUGCCAGCACCCAAUAGAAGAGAGGAGGAUGAAGCGUGGUUUGCCUUAAGCCGAUGGGAUCGUCUCCUCAUCUUCGCCGCCUGCAACCUCGGCGCCGCUGCUUGCUUUGUUAUCUGCUUCUUCCUGUUUCCCGCACUGUCACUUAGACCGCGUAAAUUUGCGAUCCUAUGGACCGUUGGCUCGAUAUUAUUCUUAUCAUCAUGGGCAUUCUUGAUGGGCCCAUGGCAGUACUUGCAGCACCUGAUAUCGGGGGCCCGUUUACCCUUCACUGCCGCUUACUUUGGAUCUAUUGGAUUAACCCUGUAUUUCUCCAUUGGGUUGCACAGCACAAUCCUGACCCUUAUCUCCUCCGUAAUCCAAUUAGCCUGUUUAUUAUGGUACCUGGUCAGUUACUUCCCCAUGGGCGGAACCGGGCUUCGAUUUGCAGCUCGGUUUGGUGGCAACAGAAUUGCUGCAUGGAUGAACGACUAA